AUGAGCCCGUUAGUGUUUGAAUAUGAGACGUGUUUUUAUCACUUCUCAACCUUCUAUUUCGUUUUCAUCCUGUACAAGCCAUUCAAGGAUGAUCGCAAACGAAACGCAGACACCGAGGCGAGGGCUGGGUGGGUGCAGUGCCGGGAGGAGGCUGCGGGUGCCGCUGCUGACCGAGGAGGAGCGAGAGGAAGGCCGGAGCGGUAGCAGCCCCGCCCGCUGCGGCCCGGCUCCAUCGCUGGCUGGCUGGCUGGCUCGGCGGCCGGGCGGUCUGCGAGUCCCCCGGUGCGGAGCCGUGCUGCAGCGAGGCGGAGGGGAGCGGAGAGGAGCCCGGAGCGGGAUCCGGAGCCGGAUAGGCGGCGUUGUUAUCGGCGGAGGUGCGUGGAAUGGCGGGGAGGCGGGGGCCGGCGGGAGCGAGCCCUGCUGUGGGGCGUGCUGGUGGCGGCGUGGGAGGCGGCGUGGGGACAGCUGCGCUACUCGGUUCCCGAGGAGCUGCCCAAGGGCUCGUUCGUGGGCGACGUGGCCAAGGACCUGGCGCUGGACCUGACUGCGCUCGGAGAACGCGGCGUCCGCCUUGUGUCUGAAGGAAGGACGCAGUAUUUGGGUCUGCAGGGGAAAACGGGACAUUUGGUGACAGCGGAGAGGAUAGACCGGGAGCAGCUGUGCCGGCUGGUGGAGAAAUGCGUGCUGCGGUGUGAGCUGAUAGUGGAGGGGGAGAUGAAGUAUUACGAAAUCGAAGUGGAAAUCACGGACAUAAAUGAUAACACGCCUAGUUUCCCAGAGACUGCCACGGAGUUGUCGAUGAGCGAGACGACGGUGCCGGGGACCCGUUUUUUCUUGGCCGAGGCUCACGACCCAGACUUAGGUCAGAAUUCCCUGCAGAGCUACGAGCUGAGCGGCGACGAGCACUUCUCGCUGGCCGUGCAGACGGGCCCCGGCGGGGAUCAGCGGCCCGAGCUGGUGCUGGCGAAGGCGCUGGACCGGGAGGAGGCGGCGUUUCACGAGCUGGUGCUGCGGGCGAGCGACGGCGGAGAGCCGGCACGGACGGGCACGGCGCGGAUCCGCGUGGCGGUGCUGGACGCCAACGACAAUGCGCCCGUGUUCAGCGCGGCGGAGUACACGGUGCGUGUGGCGGAGGACGUGCCCGUGGGCUCCGUCCUCGUCACCCUCACGGCCACCGACGCUGACGAGGGCAUGAACGGCCACGUCAAAUACUCGUGGAAGAAAACGAAGGACAUGUCCCCGAAUGUUUUACGUUUAGACUCCGAGACAGGAGCGAUCACUGUGGUGCAAAGCCUGGACUUCGAAGAAGCAGACUCUUUUGAACUGGAAGUACAGGCUCGGGACGGAGGUGGCCUUUUCCAUACUGCUAAAGUUACCAUCUCCUUGACAGAUGUCAAUGACAAUGCUCCUCAGAUUUCUGUGCGGUCGGCAGUGAGCGAGAUCUCCGAGGACGCGCCUACUGGCACUGUGGUGGCCUUACUAAACGUACAGGAUCGGGAUUCGGGAGCCAACGGCCAGGUGCGAUGUUCGCUAGAAGGCGGAGUCCCUUUCCGGCUUCGGAGCUCGCGCGGAAACUACUACAGCGUGGAGACGUCUCGGGAGCUGGACCGGGAGAAGGUGUCGGAGUACAACGUGACGGUGCGGGCAGCAGACGGUGGGUCGCCGUCGCUGUGGAGCAGCGCGGUGCUGGCGCUGCGGGUGCUGGACGUGAACGACAACGCGCCGGUGUUCUCGGAGGAGCGGUACAGCGCGCGUGUGGCCGAGAACAACGCGGCGGGCGCGGCGGUGGUGCGGGUGCGGGCGUCGGACGCGGACUGGGGGGAGAACGCGCGCGUGCGGUACCGGCUGGUGGAGGGCCGGGUGCGGGGAGCAGCGCUGUCGUCGUACGUGUCGGUGCAGGCGGAGACGGGCGCGCUGUACGCGCUGCGCUCCUUCGACUACGAGGAGGUGCGCGAGGUGGGGCUGUGGGUGGUGGCGGAGGACGGCGGCGCGCCGGCGCUGAGCAGCAACGUGUCGGUGCGGCUGGAGAUCCUGGACGAGAACGACAACGCGCCGCAGGUGCUCUACCCGCCGCCGGCCUCGUCGUCUUCGUCGGGAUCGUCAGUGGGGUGGCCGGCGGUGGAGCUGGCGCCGCGGUGGUCGGAGCCCGGCUCGCUGGUGGCCAAGGUGGUGGCGGUGGACGCGGACGCGGGUCAGAACGCGUGGCUGUCGUACGAGGUGUGGAAGGCGACGGAGCCGGGUCUGUUCCGCGUGGGGCUGCACAGCGGCGAGGUGCGGACGGCGCGGGCCGUGUCGGAGAGGGACGCGGCGAAGCAGCGGGUGGUGGCCGUGGUGAAGGACCACGGGCAGCCGGCGCUGUCGGCCACGGCCACGCUGCACGUGGUGCUGGCCGAGAGCUCGGAGGCGCUGCCGGAGCUGAGCGAGCGGGCGGCGGGCGCCGACUCGCCGGCCGAGCUGCAGUUCUACCUGGUGCUGGCGCUGGCGCUGCUCUCCGCCCUCUUCCUGCUGAGCGUGGCGCUGGCCGUGCUGGCGCGGCUGCGCCGGGCCGGGCCGCCCGCCGUCCUGCGCUGCCUGGCCGCGCAGCGCUUCUCCGGGCCCGGCGCCGCCUUCCCGGCCGACUCCUGCGAGGGCACCUUGCCCUACUCCUACAACCUCUGCGUGGCGCCGGGACGCGCCCUGCCGAGGCUCGCUGGCCGCCGCCGCCCGUGCCCAGCCUGCCCGCCGAGGAGCUGCUCGCCGGGGAGCCCUGCGGGAGCGGAGCCCGAGCCACAAGCGCCGGACCGGCACAGCCGCCCGCCCGCCCCGACGCACCGCAGCCUCCGCACUGAACGCUGGGUUUUCAUCGGGUGA